AUGCACACCCCUAAACGGCACAAGCGUCUUCACCAUGUGAAAGAAUGCAUCCUCUCUGGCAUCAUGUCGGUGAACGGAAAGAAGGUCCUUCACAUGGAUCGCAAUGCGUACUACGGAGGGGAAAGCGCCUCUAUCACCCCCCUGGAAGAUCUGUACAAACGGUUCAAUCUACCGGGAUCUCCGACGGAGUCGAUGGGCCGAGGAAGAGACUGGAACGUGGACCUGAUUCCCAAAUUCCUGAUGGCGAACGGCCAGCUGGUGAAGAUGUUGCUGUAUACCGAAGUGACCCGCUACUUGGACUUCAAAGUGAUCGAAGGCAGCUUUGUCUACAAGGGGGGGAAGAUCUACAAAGUUCCCUCGACCGAGGUGGAAGCCCUGGCCUCCAGUCUGAUGGGCUUGUUCGAGAAACGGCGCUUUCGUAAGUUCCUGGUCUACAUCGCCAACUUUGACGAGAACGACGCCCGCACCUUUGAAGGGGUUGAUCCCAAGAAGACCACCAUGAGGGACGUGUACAAGAAGUUUGACCUGGGCCAGGACGUGAUUGACUUCACCGGCCACGCUCUUGCGCUGUACAGGACUGACGACUACCUAGACCAGCCCUGCCAAGAAACCAUCAACCGGAUCAAACUGUACAGCGAGUCCCUGGCUCGAUAUGGCAAAAGCCCCUACCUGUAUCCGCUCUAUGGCCUGGGGGAGCUGCCCCAGGGCUUUGCCAGGUUAAGUGCCAUCUAUGGCGGCACCUACAUGCUGAACAAGCCGAUCGAGGAGAUUGUUAUAGAAAACGGCCGAGUGGUUGGAGUGAAUUCUGAAGGGGAGAUCGCUCGCUGCAAGCAGCUCAUCUGCGACCCCAGCUACGUCCCCGACAAAGUAAAAAAAGUUGGCAAAGUCAUCCGGGUCAUCUGCAUCCUGAACCACCCGAUCAAGACCACCAACGACGCCAACUCGUGCCAGAUCAUCAUUCCCCAGAACCAGGUCAACAGGAAGUCCGACAUCUACGUCUGCAUGAUCUCUUCCGCACACAAUGUGGCAGCGCAAGGGAAGUACAUCGCCAUUGUGAGCACUACGGUGGAGACGAAUGACCCGGAGAAGGAGAUCAAGCCCGCCUUGGAGCUCCUGGAGCCUGUUGAGCAGAAGUUUGUUAGCGUCUGUGACCUGUUUGCACCAACUGACCUGGGCAAAGAGAGCCAGAUCUUCAUUUCCCGCACCUAUGACGCAACCACCCACUUUGAGACGACGUGCGACGACAUCAAAGAUAUUUACAAGCGGAUGAUGGGCGUAGACUUUGACUUCGAAGAGAUGAAGCGGAAGAAGAACGACAUCUACGGCGAGGAGGAGACGCAGUAGCGAGGGUGGCGGAGUCUCAAUCCGAGCUCUCGAUCGGCCCGGCGGGGUGUGCGCACAGAGGAACUGAAGCGAGCACCGUCUGAAAAUUCGAUAUUGUAAGGCCUGCUUUUUGUAAUCCUGUCUCAAGAGACUGAAAGGGAAAAAAAAGUCCUUCACUGGCAAAAAUGCUCCCCCCCCCCCCCCCCGGAUGUAAUCACGUGUCGAUUCUUUAAAACGAGGCGGCUGUGUCAAAAUCUGGCCCGAUACUGACACGCUUUGAUUUAACGGUCCCUAACGUUGGUGAAAGAUCAGCACCCGUUUAAACGCCUCUCGCUGAUCUCGGGUCAUGGAUGACUCGAACGCCUGCGUCGCCUUCCGUAACCCUUUCUCCCCUUUCAGUCUCUGCUUCUGUCCAAGCGGCGGCGGCCACCCCCCCCCCCCCCCAACCAUGGGUGCGUGGAACCCGUGAACAGCCUCCAGCUGGGGGGGGGGCCUUCAUCCCAAGCAGCCUUUUCCCAUCUGGUCUUAACUUCAUGGCAAGCUGUUAUUAUGGCCAAAGUCCACAGCAACUGUAGCCCCAUGGCAGGAUUUCCCCCCCCCCAGCACACUCCUCCCUUUCCCUGUCCUCCCCCCCCCCCACUAAAAGCUUCUCGAACCCGUUUACAUCUGUUGGGACACGGCCUCUCUUUUGUGUUUCAAAAAGCGAUACUAAUAAAUCGGUGCAAGAGCAAAACACCUCCAAAGCAGGCCAGCGGUGUAUGUCUGUGUUUGCAAGGUUUCCCCUCCCCCUUUCCACCCCCCUCCCCCUGUACCACGUGCGGCUUCUCAGGUGGACCAAACUGGACCGCAGUAUUGAUUUGACGGAGCCCGGCCGCCUGUCCGGGAAAGGCUCCAGAUGACUUCUGUACUGCCAAGUAAA